UCAAAAAAAAAAAUAAUAAUCUUCCCCGAUGCCUUUCAAAAAAAAAUAAUCUUCCCGAUCUUUUACACAGUAUAGCUACCGCCUUCAAUUCGUCCUUGCCCCAUCUAGAUCUCAAUCUGGGAAGAAUAUAUGGCUUCUCAUAUAUAUACAACGCCAUGCAUUAUUGCAUCUUUAUCAUGUUUUCUUUUGCUGCUCUCCUCAUUCUCGCAAUGCCAAGCGCAGAUGUCCCCUACAUUUUACAACAAGACAUGCCCUAACGCUCUAAAAAUCAUUCGCACCACCGUAAACCAGGCGAUUUCUCGAGACCGCCGCAUGGCCGCCUCGUUGGUUCGUCUCCAUUUCCAUGACUGCUUUGUCCAGGGUUGCGACGCUUCCAUCUUAUUGGACAGCACACCCGUCAUUGAGGGUGAAAAGGAUGCGUUGCCCAACAACGCCUCCGCCAGGGGUUACGACGUGAUAGAGGCCGCCAAGCGCGAGAUCGAGAAAUCUUGUCCCGGUGUUGUAUCUUGUGCUGAUAUAUUGACGGUGGCUGCACGUGAUGCCGUCGUUUCGGCGGGAGGUCCGUCUUGGGCGGUGAAUCUGGGGAGAAGAGAUUCAACCAUGGCUUAUCAUGCCAAAGCGGGAACCGAUCUCCCCAGCCCUUACUCCGAUUUGGAUACACUUAUAACAGCCUUUGCAAAGAAAGGCCUUAGUAAAAGAGACCUGGUUGCCUUGUCUGGUGCACACACCCUCGGCCAAACACAAUGCUUCCUAUUUCGCUAUAGAAUUUAUAACCAUACUGACGUUGAUCCCGAUUUUGCCAACACUAGAAAACGCCAAUGUCCUGAACAACAGAUCGGAGAUAAAAAUUUGUCACCGCUUGAUUUAGUGACCCCAUAUGUCUUCGAUAACAAUUACUACAAGAACCUAAUGCAAAAGAAAGGUCUGCUUCAAUCGGAUCAAAAUCUAUUCAAUGGUGGAGUUACGGACAGCAUAGUUUCAGAGUAUGCAAAGAGCCCAGAGGCGUUCAACACAGAUUUCGUAUCAGCUAUGAUUAAAUUGUCUGAAAUUCAGCCACUCAUAGAUGGCCAUGGUAUCAUUAGGAAGGUCUGCAGUGCUGUGAACUAGCUUCAUUUCUUCAAAUUAGUUUUUCCUCUCCCAUCAAUUUAAUUAAUUGUAUUUCAAUUCUUUUCUUCAUAACUGCAUGCACUCAUGCAUUGAUUUGUAUUUUAGGAAAAUGCCAAUAAUAAUUUUUUGUACUUUUCAUUA